UAGGGGAGCGCUGAGGUGGGAGUAGCGGCUGCGUAUCAAGUUGCUCUCUGUCCCGGCCAAAGAAGCCAGAGUGCUGAGGGUCGAGUCUGUAGCUUGGUCCCUGCUGUAUCCAUUGGAAGAGAAAAGUUUGUGCAUCGGGCCCCCAAGUUUUGGGGGACCCAGGCUUGCACCGCGGGGUGACAGAGGAGUGUCGUGGAAGCUUCUGCAGCCCCUCACCCCCAUGGAGCCCACCGGGCCUGCGGAGGGGCUCCCCACCCAGCUGCCCGCUGCCCCAGAACUCAGGGACCCCGAAGACGCUGGCGGUGAAGCCCCAGACGGCUCGGACACGGUGGUUCUCAGCCUCUUCCCCUGCAAGCCCGAUCCCGGUAACCCUGAGGUGGACGCCAGCACCUCCUCCCUGCAGGGCAGCUCACUAAAGCACUCCACGACCCUCACCAACCGGCAGCGGGGGAACGAGGUCUCAGCCCUGCCCGCCACCCUGGACUCGCUGUCCAUCCACCAGCUCGCAGCCCAGGGGGAGUUGAGCCAGCUCAAGGAGCAUUUGCGGAAAGGUGACAACCUCAUCAACAAACCUGACGAGCGUGGCUUCACCCCACUCAUCUGGGCAUCGGCUUUUGGCGAGAUCGAGACAGUCCGCUUCCUCCUAGACUGGGGCGCCGACCCCCACAUCCUCGCCAAGGAGCGGGAGAGUGCCCUGUCUCUGGCCAGCAUGGGCGGCUACACAGACAUAGUGGGGCUACUGCUCGAACGUGACGUGGACAUCAACAUCUAUGACUGGAACGGAGGGACGCCACUGCUGUAUGCCGUGCGCGGGAACCACGUGAAGUGUGUGGAGGCCUUGCUGGCCCGUGGUGCAGAUCUCACCACAGAGGCUGACUCCGGCUACACCCCCAUGGACCUUGCUGUGGCCCUGGGAUACCGGAAAGUGCAACAGGUGAUCGAGAACCAUAUCCUGAAACUCUUCCAGAGCAGCCUGGGGCCUGUGGGCCCUGAGUGAAGGCACCUUCUGGGACUCAGACACUCAGGGAACAGAACGGAUGGCCUGGCGCUGGAGCACCCAGACCUGGCUUCCAAGGCAGCUCCUGGACAGGCGGGGGAGGGGACCCUUUCAAGAGGCACCAAUAAAUGCUUGUGCAGAACUUG